CCGGACCGACGUUGGCCGGAAGCGUGCCUUCCGGGGCGGAAGUCCCGGCGCCGCGCGCCGCGCGAGAGCAUCCUGGGAGCCGGAAGUCGGAGCCCGUUCCUGCCGCUGGCCGCGGGUCCCGAGCGGCCGCAGACUCGCGUGGGCGGAGCGCGCGCGUGGCCCGGACGCGGGGAGCAAGCGGUGCCCGAGAGUCCGCCGCCGGCUGGGGACCCCGAAACUGCGAGCCAUGGUAGGGAGAUCGCGGCGGCGCGGAGCAGCCAAGUGGGCGGCGGUGCGAGCCCAGGCGGGGCGCGACCUGGAGGACCCUGACGGCCUCGAGGCGCCCCCCUCGCCCGGCGACUCCAGCUACUACCAGGAUAAGGUGGAUGAGUUCCACGAGGCCCGCUCUCGGGCCGCCCUGGCCAAGGGCUGGGGCGAGUUGGAGAGCGCCGACGAGGAGGAGGACGGCGAGGAGGAGGAGGAGGAGGUGCUGGCCCUGGACGUCGCCGACGAGGACGACGAGGAUGGAGAGAGCGGGGACGAGGAGGACGACGACGACGAGGAUGACGGGAGCUCCGAGCAGAGUGAGGCCGACGUGGAUCCCAGUCUGUCCUGGGGUCAGAGGAAGAAACUCUACUACGACACGGACUACGGCUCCAAGCCCGGGCGCAAGCAGACGCAGCAGGAGCUGGAGGAGGAGGAGCAGGAGGAGGAGGAGGAGGCCCAGCGCAUUCAGAAGCGCCUGACCCAAGGGCUCCAGGAGGAGGAUUUUGGCAUCACCUGGGUGGAGGCCUUCGCAAAACCCGCGUCGCAGGAGAAGGAGAUCGAGACGCGGGUCGUCAAGGACCUGGCGAAAGUGUCUGCGAAGGAGAAGCUGAAGAUGCUGCAGAAGGAAUCCCCGGAGCUCCUGGAGCUGAUCGAAGACCUGAAAGUCAAGCUGGCCGAGGUGAAGGACGAGCUGGAGCCGUUGCUGCAGCUGGUGGAGCAAGGUGUCAUCCCUUCUGGAAAAGGGAGCCAGUACCUGAGGACCAAGUACCACCUCUACCUGAACUACUGCUCCAACAUCAGUUUCUAUUUGAUCCUGAAAGCCAGGAGGGCCCCCGUGCACGGCCACCCCGUCAUCGAAAGGCUUGUUACCUACCGUAAUUUGAUCAACAGGCUGGCGGUCGUGGAUCAGAAGCUGUCCUCGGAGAUCCGUCAUCUGCUCACACUGAAGGAUGACCCUGAAAAGCUCCGACUGAACCUCAAGGCCCGGGCCACCCGGAUCAAGCCAAAAUCGGCUUCGAGGACCGGGGCCGCGACCACCGCCGAUAAUUCUGACGAGUCCGACUUAGACGAGGAAGCGGCAUUGAAGUACUACAAAGAGAUGGAAGAGAGGCAGACGUUGAAGCGGAAGAAAGAGGACAGUAGUGCAGAAGAACAGACGACGGCAGAAGAUCCAAAUGCGAAAAGAGCCAUUACUUACCAGAUUGCUAAAAAUAGGGGGCUCACACCCCGGAGAAAGAAGAUCGAUCGGAACCCCAGAGUCAAACACCGGGAGAAGUUCCGGAGAGCGAAAAUCCGCCGCAGGGGCCAGGUCCGCGAGGUUCGGAGAGAAGAGCAGCGGUAUAGCGGCGAACUCUCCGGCAUCCGUGCCGGCGUUAAGAAGAGCAUCAAGCUUAAAUAAAGCUUUCACUUACCUACAAUCUUUUUUUUACCUACAAAUCUUUGAUGAUGCUUUUAGAUUAAUAAAUUUUUACUUUUAAUUGA